AAAAAAAGAAAAAAAGAAAAAAAGAAAGAAAAUUCUGCAUUCUUGAAAAGAAAUGGCCAAUGACAAUGCAGUGAAAGUGGAAAUGCUAGUCAUGUACAAAGAGUGUAUGCACAACCAUGCAGCCUCCACCAGAGGAUUCCUCCUCGAUGGCUGCGGCCUCUUCGAGACCCCUAGCGGCACCACCACCGGGUCCCGCGAGGCCAUGUUCUGUGCUGUCUGCGGCUGCCACCGCAACUUCCACCAGAGAGUCGCAGUUGAAAUUCCGCAACACCACCGCUCCUCCUCCAUCCGCCACCACCACCACCAACAACAGCCCGCCUCGCACCCCGACCAACAACAACAACAACAACAGCCCGCCUCGCACCCCGACCAACAACAACAGCCCGCUUUGCACCCACACCAACCACAACAGCCAGCCUCGCACCCCGACCAACAACAACAGCCCGCCUUGCAUCCCCACCAACCGCAACAGCCCGCCUAGCACCACCACCACCACCGUUUUGGUGGAGGCAGCGGCAGAGGCACCAUGAUCAUUCGCCGCGAACCAGCCUCUGCACCAGGCCGCUUCGCUCCCGAGCAGGCGGCGGCUCGUCGGCAGAGGCGGGCCCUACCUCGACAUACGGAGGGCACUUCUGCUGCACCACAGGAAGUGCCACUUCAGCAUGGGGUGGGUGCCCCCCGCAGAAAGAGAAUAACGAGGGCCCAAAGCGAAAUGGUGAGGGCCUUGACUGAG